CAGAGAGGAGGCGGAGGCGGCGCCGGACGCGCAGCGGUUAAAUGAAUGCGCAAGACGCGCUCCGCUCAGACUCCCAUUCACAUGUCUUCAUCAGAGGUCCGCGGCGCUAAUCCUCUUACGCUCCCGUCGACGGAGGCGGAGCGACGCUCUCGCCGCGUUUUCGCACUUUUCCCCCUUCGCUCCGUGACCGCGUCCGUGUCCGUGGGCGCUGUGCGUGGCACGUCGGAACUCCGCCGCGAUGCGCGCGACGUCGCGCCCGCCCGUGGCGUAGCCGCGUGAACGAGGUGCGUCGGCGGCGACAGGGAGCGGACGCGGCUCUGGCCAUGGCUCGUCCCGGGCAGCGGAGCGUCCAGGCGGCGCUGAUCGUCCUGUGCGUCGCCCAGCUGACUGCAGGCCUGAGGUGCGCGUGCCAGCUGUGCGCCAACCGCACCUGCGAGACGGCGGCCGACGGCGCCUGCUGGAACUCGGUGAUGCUGGUGGACGGGAAGGAGGAGACGGACCGGUCCUGCCUGUCGCCGGCCGAGAUGAAGGGCCAGGUGUUCUGCUACAGCUCCCGGAACGUGUCCAAGAGGAGCUGCUGCUUCACCGACUUCUGCAACAACGAGACCCUGCGCCUGCACCCAGUGAGCCCCGAGGAGCCCGGCUGGAGCCGGCUGCAGCUCGCCCUGCUGAUCCUGGUGCCGUCCUGCCUGCUGUGCGUGGGCGUCCUGGCCGGCGUCCUGCUGGUGCAGGGCCACCGCUGCGCCUACGCCCGGGCCUGCAAGCAGGACCCCGAGGAGCCCCUGGAUGACCAGGUGCUCAUGUCGCCCGACAAGUGUCUCAAAGAUCUGAUCUACGACAUGAGCACCUCAGGCUCCGGCUCAGGCCUCCCGCUGCUGGUCCAGAGAACCAUCGCUCGGACCAUCGUCCUGCAGGAGACCAUUGGGAAGGGGCGAUUCGGCGAGGUGUGGAGGGGCAAGUGGCGAGGAGAGGACGUGGCGGUGAAGAUAUUCUCCUCCAGGGACGAGAGGUCCUGGUUCCGCGAGGCGGAGAUUUACCAGACCAUCAUGCUGAGGCAUGACAACAUCCUGGGGUUCAUCGCCGCCGACAACAAAGAUAACGGCUCGUGGACUCAGCUCUGGCUGGUGUCCGAGUACCAUGAGCACGGCUCCCUGUACGAUUACCUCAACAGGUACACGGUGUCAGUGGAGGGCAUGGUCGUCCUGGCCUUGUCCAUAGCCAGCGGCCUGGCACAUCUCCACAUGGAAAUCAUUGGCACGCAGGGGAAGCCUGCUAUCGCUCACAGGGACCUAAAGUCUAAAAACAUCCUGGUGAAGAAGAACGGCACAGCGGUCAUUGCAGAUCUGGGUUUGGCUGUGAAACACGACUCCACCACCAACACCGUAGACAUACCAUCCAACCACAGGGUGGGAACCAAGAGGUACAUGGCUCCAGAGAUCCUGGAUGAGACAAUCAAUAUGAAUAGCUUUGAGUCAUUCAAGCGGGCGGAUAUCUACUCGCUGGGCCUGGUGUUCUGGGAACUGGCCCGAAGAUGCUCUGUUAGGGGACUUCAUGAAGAUUUCCAGCUGCCUUACUACGAUCUGGUGCCUUCAGAUCCGUCCGUCGAGGACAUGAGGAAGGUGGUGUGCGAUCAGAAACUCAGACCCAGCGUCCCCAACCAGUGGCAGAGCUCUGAGGCGAUGCGCGUGAUGGGCAAGCUGAUGCGCGAGUGCUGGUACGCCAACCCCGCCGCGCGGCUCACCGCCCUGCGCGUCAAGAAGACGGCCUCGCAGCUGCCCGUCGUCAGGGACGUCAAGGACUAGGCGGACGCGGCGCCCCCGGAGACGAGCAUCUGUGCAGGCAUCGGUGCGACGAGGCCGACGUGGACGGACCCGGCGGGGGAGAACCGGACCCGUUGGGGGAGAACAGACCGCUCAGGCCCCGCCCUCGGAUCAGGCGCCAGCUGUAGCCGUCACAGGACGAGCCAUAUAAAAGGAGAGCGUGUUUAUUGUAUAUACAUGUAAUUUAUUUGCUACCUCACACAUUUAAGUGCCCGAAGCUUGAAGUUGCACAUUGUGAUACUGUUGUGCCAUAACCCGUAGCAAACCGACAAUCACACAGGUGAAUGAGUGACCUGUGGGAAGGUCGACACACGGAACUGAAAACCCAACUAGUGGAUGAUGGCGUCCUGCAGGUUGUCUUCCUCUAGUCGGACACACACACGCACGCACGCACACACACACACACACACACACACACACACACGCACCUCAGAAGAUCUGUGGUUUGGAAGCAUCUGUUGACUGUAACGGCCCCUGGGACGUCUGGCGCUGUGACGGUUCGUCCUUAGUAUAGAGAGAAGUACAGUUACCAGCCGCUACUAUACGUUUUGCACACAUAAAGCUUUCACUUCCUAAGAAGAGCUGCUCUCUGACGUUUGAAUGAUUUGUGAAUGUGAAAAAGUGUGUUUUGUUUUCUCAGAUGUCUCUGCACACACUGGAAGCAUGCUAUUGAUUUGCGUCGCUGUUUAAAUAGGCCCACAGCUAAUAUUAAGGCAAGCAGCUUUCAGUGCGGCUAAUUGUAGCUUCAACGUGUUUCUGUUUUAAGAGGGAAAAGUCACAAUGUGUCUGUAAUGUGUCUGGUUAUUCACAGCAGCAAGAACAAGUUAAAAAAUAUAAAGCAUAAGAAUAACAAUGCACAAAAGAGACCUUUUCAUAACAGGUUUAUGGAAAAUGUCAAUCUGUACUCCAUCUGUCUGUGCAGUGUGUGUCUCAUAUCACGUGAAAUGAUCCUUCAUUCAAAUACUCUGCCUCGUCCUUGUAGUAAUUGUGGAGCUGUGAAACCGGUGCUGCAGAUCAAACAAGGCUUUUUAACUAAUGACCAGCUUCUUCUCAUGCUCAGCUCAGUAUUUAACUCACAGGAACAAUUAUUGGAUGUAGCACCAGCAGCGUUGCCGCUUGUUAAAGAGGCUGAACGUACGGCGGCCUGUUCCUUCAAGUCACGUGAGGUGACGUCAUUGGACUCUGUUGCAGUGAAAUUGACCUGGACCUGCGCGAAUGAAGCUUUUUGCACCUGUGACGUGGAGAUGACCCGCUCCAUCACCUUCUGCAGCACUGAGACUGGUGGGACGUGUGCGACUCCAAAGAGACGCGAUCACCACGUGCACUUUCUGACCGGUGUCUUUUUUUUCUAUUCAUUCUCGUG